AUGGCUUUUUCUGGUGGUGGUGGCGAGGUAGUACAUUGUGAUGGUGCCGACAUUAACAGUGGAGAAGAAGAUAGAGCUGGGAUGGGUGGAGGUGAGAGAAAAGGUAAUGAUAAAGCCGCCACACCAAAUCGUCUGCAACAAAAAGUCAUACUCGUUCCUCUUGACCAAAAGCUUGACAUGCUAUGGAGUUUCAUUAAAGCGCAUUUGAAUUCAAUAAUUCUUGUUUUUCUUUCUGCCUGCAAGCAGGUGAGGUUUGUACACGAAGCGUUCAAGAAACUGCAGCCCGGGAUCCCGUUAAAGUGCCUGCAUGGAAGGAUGAAACAAGUGAAAAGAAUGUUUAUAUUGCAACAGUUUGUUGAACAAAGAUCAGUUCUUUUUUCAACUGAUGUGUCUUCAAGGGGCCUGGAUUUCAACAAGGGGGUCGAUUGGGUUGUUCAGGAGACGUCGUAAACGAGGAAAGUGGAGAUGGAAGGUCGAUAAGGAUGAUUCACGUAUGAGG